AUGACGUACAAGAUCUUGCACAGGAAAUGGCUGCUGCGGAAAUGGAUGUGGACGCUCAUGCCGCUGGAGCUGGCCGGCCUCGUCCCGCUCCUCGUUCUCUUCGGCAUCGCGCAGCCGGACCUCUACCGGACCAAGCUCUGGGAGGUCGGGCACGCCUACGGCUUCAACUCGAACCCAAAGAUGAUUCUCUACGCCUACGCGAACUAUGAGCCGUACCCCAAGGUCCCCUUUGUAUGGACACGAACACUCACAGACUUCAACGUCGCCAUCUCGGUAAUCACCCUCUUCCUCCUCCUCACCAAACUCGUCGCCUUCAUCAUGAAGUUCUGGUUCCCCCUCCUCGCCGCCGGCAUCAACGUCGCCAUGGUCGCCCUCUACACCGUCUCCGUCUACGGCCAAAUGGGACCCGACCACGCCGACCCGCGCUACCCGUCCUCGAUCGCCUGGUACAUCGCAAAGUCGUGCGACUACGCCCGCCCCUUUAGCGCCUACAAGAGCUGCCAGCUCGCAAAGGGCACCUUUGCCGUCACGGUCUACAUGCUCGCGCUCUACCUCGCCAACUUGGGCAUCGCGCUGUACGUGCUGUGGCCGAACGCGGGCGAUAAAGUCGACGGCGACGAGGACGAUGAUGGCAGGGGAAGCAGCGACGGCAGCUCGCCGGUGGAUUAUGCGAAGGAGGGGAGGGAGUGGGAGAUGAGGGAUUGGCAUGCCAAAGGCGGGCCGGCGAGUCCGCGGGUCGGGGUCGUGCCGUACACGCCCAGGACGCAGGCUUUCCAUACGCUUGAUAGGAAGUUGCCGUUGAGGCAGCAGUAUGGUUAA